UAUUUCUUAAGAAUACAAGGAGGUAUCGUAAAUUUCUAUGCUUAUUUUACAUUCUUCUUCUGUCGGUUCUUCCCCCUCUUUGUUUCGUAUGAUCCCCGCCAUCCUAUGUGAUACUUCUUCUUCUAAGCAUCAAUCACAAUUCUCUGUUAUCUCACGGCGGAGAUCCAGUUUCAACGUUACACUAGCGGCCGUCGGAAGGUAGGACUGGUCGAACCUUUUUACAUACGGCAAUCAUAUCCACCAUGAAUACCGAGUACGAUUAUUUGUUCAAGCUUUUGCUGAUUGGAGAUUCAGGAGUUGGCAAAUCAUGUCUUCUGCUCAGAUUUGCUGAUGACUCAUAUCUUGACAGUUAUAUCAGCACAAUCGGUGUCGACUUCAAAAUCCGCACUGUGGAUCAAGAUGGGAAGACCAUUAAGCUUCAAAUUUGGGACACUGCUGGACAAGAAAGGUUCAGGACCAUUACUAGCAGCUACUAUCGUGGGGCCCACGGAAUUAUCAUAGUCUAUGAUGUUACUGACUUAGAAAGUUUCAAUAAUGUGAAACAAUGGUUGAGUGAAAUUGAUCGCUAUGCAAGUGAAAAUGUAAACAAACUUCUAGUUGGUAACAAAUGUGAUCUUGCUGAAAGUAGGGCUGUUUCAUUUGAUACUGCAAAGGAAUUUGCGGAUGGAAUUGGCAUUCCAUUUAUGGAAACUAGUGCCAAAGAUGCCACCAAUGUGGAGCAAGCUUUCAUGGCUAUGUCUGCUGAUAUCAAGAACAGGAUGGCAAGUCAACCUUCAACAAACAAGAGGCCGCCUACUGUGCAGAUCAAAGGGCAACCAAUUAGCCAAAAGAGUGGCUGCUGCUCAUCUUAGCUUAUUCAUUCAUCACCAUUCAUUUCCAGGUUUUUUGCAAUUAUUUAUUAUUAUUAUUAUUAUUAUUAUUAUUAUUAUUUGGGUUGUAAACUGUAAGGAUUGUUUACUGCUAGUGUUCAUUUGCCUGCAGUUACAAUCUGUUGCAACCAUAAAUCCAUUUCUAUUUGAAUUUUGGAAGACUUAUAAAUAGUAAUUUUUGAAUAAGAUAACAAUUGGGUAGUCUCAGUUUUA